UCAGAAAAAAUAUAACAACGCAUAUAAAUAUAUUUUAUAAAAUCUAUUUUCGCAAUGGAAAAGGAAGGCAGCAAGGUUGUUGUUAAUGAACGCGAAGUUGGAGCUUACAUUAAAGAGGAAUCCAAGAUAAAUAUUCAAUUGAGCAAGCCAACGCUUAAGUCCAGUAAAUUGUCGGGCUCCUUACAGGAUGACAAAUUCACUUUGGAACCCCAACGGAUACCGAUGGUACUCGAAGUAACCGAUGAAGAGCUGUUGAGCAGUGAAUCUGAAUCUACAAUUUCAAUGGAAGCACAUGUGCGCUCGUCAUCAACAUCUUCCACAUCGGAAGAUUUCUUCGAAAAAUUGGGCACAAUACCAAACAUAGGCUCAUUCAUAAAGAGAACGCAGGGAAAAGAUAUUGGUUCAUUUGUUGAUCCACUAACCGGCUUGCUGGUUUCCAGCACAGAGGAGGAGGAAGAAGAAGAAGAAGAAAUGGUUGAGGAAGAAGAGUCCUCAACCACAGAAGAAUCUUCUUUUAGUGAAGAUGAAGAACUACUUGAAUUGUUGAAGCGCGAAAAGGAAGUGGAGGCGCCUAAAAUACUGGAUGACACAGAGGUUUUCGAAACAUUUAUGGAAAUGGAAAAGGCACACGUGGUGGAGGAGGUGGUCGAAUUCGAUUGGGUUGCCUAUGAACGUGAAAAAGAAACAAAACACAUUGCAGCAGACACAAUUGUAUUUCUUAAUGAACUGCUCACAGAGGUGGUUGAAAAAUGUGAAUAUAUCGAUCCCAACCUUUUUCUGCGUCAAAAUCUAGACAAGCCCACGUUAAUGGAAGAGAUUGGCGCAAAAUUGAGACAACUCGAAAUAGAACAGAAGACACGUAGUUUUCUAAAUCGACGUGUUGCUGAGUUUUUCUAUCGCAAAGGCCAAUAUCGCGUCUUCAUGGACGAUCCACCGGGCACAAUACUUGAUGAAAUCAGCAAAUUUAAAGAUGCCACCAUGAAACUCGACCAGAUGCUUAGCAGAGAGGCAGAGGUUAAGGGUACUUCUCAGGGACAAAUUAGUAAUAUUCAACUGGAAGUGGCUAAACUGGAAAUAAGUAAUCAAGAGAAAUUACUUGAGUUGGAGCAACUCAUUAAAAAGUCUUUCGCCUACAAAGGUGAACAUUUUAAUACGGAUGUCGACGUGCAAUUACGUACAAUGGCUAAGCUGCGCGAUGAAAUCUCGGAUGUACGUUAUGUAUUGAUACAGAAGCAGCAUUCCAAUGCCAAGUUAGCGGAGCAACUAAAAGAAAUGGAGAAUCUGGGUAAUAAUCUGCAAAUGCGCGAAUAUGAAUCCCUCCAAAAUGAAGUGCAAGCGCUGGAUAAGAAAAUCGAAGAACGCAAUACCGAUCUUGUACGCUCACGGGUACGUUGUAAUGCAGACCUACACAUUUUGGGACAUUUAAAAGAGAAACAAGCCAUGAUUCGUAGUAAAAUUAAAAUCCAAAAAUCCUGUUUAGCUACGCUGCUUCAGCAGAAGUUCGCCGCCCGCAAGUGGAUUUUCGACUCUAAACAACAACGAACGCGUAUGAGAAAGGAAAUCAAGGAGCUAAGCUAUCAAUGCGGUCUGCUGGAUAAGCCGGCACUGAUGUUGGACUAUGAUAAAACAGCGCAGCAAGUCAAUGCUGUUGCAGAUAAAGUAGAGAAAUUGCGUUAUAAACACGAUGAAAUAUUAAAAAAAAUAGCUAAGCUUGAAGUCAAAUGCUUGUAGUUUUACGAGCGUGCUGUCUACCCUUAUCCAUUUUCAUUUGCAAUGUACAUAUAUAUAUUAUAAAAUAAUAGCAUUGAUGCAAA